AUGCGGAUAUUCCGGCACAAGGCAAGCGUUACGGCGCAGAACUGCCUCACCAAACCAAAGAACUUGUUGUACCUGGCGGGAGAUGUGGGUUACGGGUUCGACAGCCAGUUUGAGGCAGAAGGAAGAACAGCUUUACGACUGGCUCACUUUGUGAGUAACUUUCUUCAGAAUACGUCGCCAAAUGACAACUUUGGGACUCUGCGGGGAGGUGGGCGUCUGCAUAUGGAACAUCUGUUUGGAGAAGUGCUCGCUAAUGUCAUGGCCAACCACAAGAUUGUAUCUAGCGGCAUAUUCUGGGACACUCAUCAGUUUGUAAACCAAGAUGAUUCUACCAGGGAAUUCUUUGGUCCUUUGGCUUAUAAACAAAAAGGCAGUUUCUACACCAUAGAUUCUGCUGGACUAUCCUCUCGUUAUAUAGAUGAAGAUUGGUAUACAAGGUCUAAAUCCAGAUGGUCCACAAACAUUGAAAAGCUGGAUACUUACAAGCUGAGACCUCUAGUUAGGUCUAAUCCAGAAGGAACCAGUUCCGUCCAGUUUGAGUAUUUCCCAAUGAGCUACAAGGCACCAGCAUACAAAGAUGGCUUCUGGACUCGACCGACAUUUAAAUGUGAUGGUCGCGUGGACGAGUGGGUUCUCACCUACGUCGUUCCCUUCUUUGGUCUGGAUGGGCUCAAAAAGAAGAUCCAGUUUAAGGGUGUGGUAACGGUGGAUGUUCCUCUGAACUUGUUGGAGAUUGACCAGUGUCCGAGUCCCUUCUACAUGGCAAACGCCUUCAAGAACACCGCGAGGUGCGACCAGCUCUCCACAAAGUGCCGGAAGCAGAACGGUUUCCUGUUCAUGCGCGGUGCGUAUCGCUGCGACUGUCGUCAGGGGUUUGAGUAUCCACACGCAGACGGCAAGUUCUGGAUCGAGGGAUCUCUGUUAGAGUUGGAAUGGGAAAAACAGCAAAGAGGUUUAUACAGCAGAUUUGACUUAUUAAAAUGUCGGAUAUCUGGUGCUGGAAGUCCUUCCGUACAUCUGAUUAUCAUGUUAUUAAGCACGUGGAUUUCGUUAACGUUGCCCUACGUUAUGACGUCACCAGUGUUACUUUAUAUCACCUGGCAAACGUGGACGUUUUGA